UCAUUCAAUGACUACAUGUACCACAAUGCACUGCGGCUGUCAGUUUAGCCGAGCACUGUACUGCCUUACAGGCGAACGGCUAAGACCAUACUGACAUACGGACUGGCUUGCUCGCUUUCAGUGCUUCUAACAUGGAUCAAGACAACAAUUCAGAGGAUGACUCAGUCGGUCCAUCAGAGGAUCCCUCAGAAGAGGAACUGCCUUGUCUACCACCAGGGCUCUCGGAUGGUGAAGCAAUGGAGUUGCUAUGGCAGUUGCGUGCCCAACGCCGCCAGUCAUCCCCUGAGCUCCCAGAAACAGUGACCUGUCUUACUGCCCCUGAUGGUAGCCUCCUAUACCUGGUGGGCACUGCCCACUUCAGUGACAGCAGCAAAAACGAUGUGGCCACGACAAUCCGUGCUGUACAGCCAGACGUGGUGGUGGUGGAGCUGUGCCAGUACAGGGUGUCUAUGCUAAAGAUGGACGAGAAUACACUGCUGAGGGAAGCCAAAGAUAUCAACCUGGAGAAGGUUCAGCAGGCCAUCAAACAGAAUGGGCUGAUGUCUGGCCUGAUGCAGAUUCUCCUGCUCAAAGUUUCAGCUCACAUCACGGAGCAGCUGGGCAUGGCUCCUGGAGGAGAGUUUAGAGAGGCCUUCAAAGAGGCUGGACGGGUACCGUUCUGUAAAUUUCAUCUUGGGGACAGGCCAAUCCCUGUGACAUUCAAGAGAGCCAUUGCUGCUCUCAGUCUGUGGCAAAAGGCCCGUCUGGCUUGGGGUCUUUGCUUUCUGUCAGAUCCAAUCAGUAAAGAGGACGUAGAGAAGUGCAAACAGAAGGACCUGCUGGAGCAGACCAUGUCAGAGAUGAUCGGCGAGUUUCCUGCUCUCCACCAGACAAUCGUGGCUGAAAGGGACAUCUACCUCACACACACACUUCGCCAGGCAACUCGCUGUGUGGAGGCCCCCCCUAAUGCCCAGAAAGUGCCUGCUGUGGUGGUGGGAGUUGUAGGGAUGGGUCAUGUCCCUGGCAUAGAAAGAAAUUGGGAGAAGCAGCUCAACAUUAAUGAAAUCAUGAGUGUUGCACCUCCCUCACGUUUUGGCUGGGUGUUGUGCACGGUCAUAAAGGGUGUCAUGAUGGGAAUGCUGGGAUAUGCCUGUUACCGUGCAGGAGGGAGUUUGGGCAGAGUCAUUCUGGCUUUACCUGCAGUCCAAUCUUUACUGAAGACUCUGCGGCCACCCCCUGCUUGACCCCACUGAUCUCCUCGAAGCCAUCAAUGACAUGACCGUUGAUCUAAUAAAACAAUGCAUCUAUCACCAAUGGCCUUAAAACAGGAGGUGAGGCUGGAGGAAAGGUUUCACCAGCCCACACGAUGAACAGGCAAGGACCUCAGGGGGUCAGGACCCUCCCACCUCAUAUUGAUGUCCCUGCAGACACAGCAGGGCUGUACUGCCAAAGAAGCCAUGACAGUACUUUCAUAUUUCGUGCAAAUUCUGCAUUUUGUAAGGUUUACAUAUUCCAGUAAUUCCCCUUGAAUAGAUUUAGACCCCUCCCACCACCAUUCCUUUAAGUGACUUACAGUUUUUAUUUGACAAGUAUCAUGUUCAGUCACGUGCCCUGAUUGAGCCAUUUUCCAAGAGGCACACUUUUCUAAUGCUGUCUUCUUAUUCCUUCUCUUUUCUGGUGCCAACCAGCAUUUUCAGUAAAUGGCCCAUUUCAAGUCCAGCACUUUAUAAGAGACUGGUAGAGUCUUGUACUUUAUAUGCAGCCAAUGGAAAGGGAAAAGAAAGUAAAACAUUAAGUCAGUCAUAACUUUAAAAAAGACAUUACAAAAAUAUUGUCCAUGAACUCUAUAAAAACCUUCUGUUUCUAUAGUUGGUGCAUAGAGAAUCUACUUUUUGAAAUGUAUAUUCUUCAAAACACAUCAGGAUUGGCAUAAAACAAAAUUGACUUAUUCCACGUGUGCAUAGUCCUCCCAAGUCAACAGACAAGUGCCUCAUACAGCAGUAAGGGCUUAUGGUAAACUAAAUUAAAUGGCAAAUGUGUGUUAUAUGCAUCUUACAUAUUCUACAACCAGAUGGUCAAUGCAAGUUUCUAAUAUUUUGUCUUUAUAUGAUUACAUGACACACAUUUUUUAUAGAUAUAGACCAUCUAGUUUGUGUUGUCUUGGCUUCAACUGAAAGCGUACCAUCGCCCCCCCAUUUUGUGGUCACUCUUACAUUCAACGGAGACCUGACACAGGAACGGACUGGCAUUAAUGUGCCUCUGGAUGAGCCAAAAAUUUCCCUUGUAAUUUGUACAUUUGAUUGUAUGUCCUCUAGGCAGUCUCACACCAGGGUUCAUACUUGACAGAAAUAUGCACCUUGUACAGAAAGGUAUAUCUGAAAACCUAACAAGAGAACAUCUGUCAUUCAGCACACAUGAUAUAUGCAGUCUUAUAGCUCGUAAUAUAGGGAUCGAGAUGAUAAUAAUCAGUUUGUUUCUUUCAAAUGAAGUAUUAAACUUGACCAUAAUGAUUUCUCAGUGGAAAUGCCAUCAAGGGAAAUUUGUUAUGAGCUUGUUUUGACAACUCUGAAGGAAGCCGACAGUUUAGAUUGGUCAGAGUUGGGAGGUAAAGCCUUACCCUGCUAUCACUGCUGCCUUUGACACUCAGAUUCCCCUCUCAGCUGAGGCACUGACCUGUGUCCUUAGUAUAGAGCUUAUUGCACAUGUCAGAACUGGCUAUACGACAUCCCUAGAACUUUAUGUGGGAGGUAUCUAAAUGAAUCCAACAUGCUGUUGAUGUUGAAAUGGUUACAAGGCCGUAAACCCACAUGAACUUCCAGAUGUUCUCAGUUUUAAUUGUAAGUGAUUUUAUGUCCAGUAUUCAAAUAUUUUGAUGUAUUAUAAGAGAUGACGGUGUAAUUUGUGAAAUUGUCCAAUUAAGUAAUAUGGAACUUGAAUAAACAAUGCAGUGCCAUUUUAUCCUAGAAACAUAAUUAAACCACUUGCAAGUAAGCCACAUAUUGACUAACCCAGACUAUGAGUCUUCCAAUUGGUAAAAUAGUUUCUUGCUUUUUUAUGAGAUAUUGAGAAGGUGGAGGAAAGAUGUAGCCAUGCCUCUCAGUCCCUUAGUAGUAUAAGACAGGUAAACAUGUCUGUUUUCCUCUGAAGUUAUUUCCAAAGGUUUUAUUUGCUGUAUGUUUGAGAAUUGCCAAGAGACAUCAGUAUGAAUGCCUGUAUUUGUUGUCAGGUUUGUUUUUCCCCACACCCUUGUGUGGUAUUGUCAUUGUUACCAAACCAAACAUUAAAUCCUAACUUUUGAGUAAAUAUAAA